UUUCAAAGAAAGAGCUAGUGGUGCAUUUCCACAGUGCAUUUCGUUAUAAUUUUAUGAUUCUCUGAGAAUUUUCUGAAACUUGGGUUGUUGUAUGCUGAUAUUUUGAUUACAUAUGUAUUGUGGCAGUUAUGAAUGACAUGAUUAUUUAUCUCCCUUAAAGCACACAAUUAUAAGAUCCUUUCAGUAUGAUACAUUCCUAUGGCACCAUUUUUUUCUUUUUCUUUCUAUAGAUAUUUACACGCAUAUUUUUUUCAUACUGAAUGCUUCCAGUGAUAUAGGGAAAAGAGGAGCAUGAAAUGCCAUUCACAGAAACAAGGAGGGAUAAAUAUGUCAAAAGGGACAGUUUUUACUGAAGCACUUGUUUUUCUCAGUUCAUUGAGUAAUUCAAUUCUAAAACCUUUUCAACAGCUGUGAUUCUAUUGUUAAACCCUCCCCCCCAAAAAAAAGAAGCACAAGGAAACUAGAAUUCAUCUCUGAAAACCCCAGGCAGUUCACAACACUGUAAAGAUGAGGACAAAGAUAGGAAAUUUGAAGAUAAAGAAGAGUGGCAAAGAUGGCAUCAGAAAAGAACGUGAUACGUUUGGGGAGCUGGACGUGCCCAACAGCAAAUACUAUGGGGCUCAGACUGUACGAUCCGUCAUGAACUUCCCCAUUGGUGGAGAAACGGAGCGAAUGCCGUUGCCAGUGAUUAAGGCCUUUGGGGUACUGAAGAAGGCUGCAGCAGAGGUCAACCAGGAGUAUGGUCUUGAUCCCAAGAUAGCUGAUGCCAUUUCCAAAGCAGCUGAUGAAGUGAUCAGCGGGGAACUCUAUGGGGAGCAUUUCCCUCUUGUCAUCUGGCAGACUGGGUCUGGAACGCAGUCCAACAUGAACACCAAUGAAGUAAUUGCCAACCGUGCAAUUGAAUUAAUGGGAGGAGAACUAGGGUCAAAAUCACCUGUUCACCCCAAUGACCAUGUGAAUAAGAGUCAGAGUUCAAAUGAUACAUACCCAACUGCCAUGCACAUUGCAACUGCAGUUGAGAUUCACAACACACUGUUGCCAGGCCUUGAAGCCUUGCAUAAGGCCUUGGAUGCAAAAGCCAAGGAGUAUGCAGACAUUGUAAAGAUUGGCCGCACUCACACGCAGGAUGCUACACCCCUAACUCUUGGCCAAGAGUUCAGUGGCUAUGCACAGCAGAUUGAGUUUGGCAUUCAGCGUGUGAAGGCCUGUCUCCCACGCGUCUACAUGCUGGCUGCUGGAGGAACUGCUGUGGGCACAGGUCUCAACACCAGGGUUGGGUUUGCAGAGAAGGUGGCUGAAAAGGUCUCACAGCUUACUGGCCUGCCCUUCGAGACUGCUCCGAACAAGUUUGAGGCCUUGGCUGCCCAUGACGCCAUGGUUGAGGUCUCGGGCGCUCUUAACGUUAUUGCUUGCUCCAUCAUGAAGAUUGCCAAUGACAUCCGCUUCCUUGGCUCUGGGCCACGCUGUGGUCUGGGAGAGCUCUCCCUGCCAGAGAAUGAGCCAGGUUCUUCCAUUAUGCCAGGCAAGGUCAACCCAACCCAGUGCGAGGCCAUCACCAUGGUUGCGGCUCAGGUUAUGGGCAACCACGUGGCAGUGACAGUGGGUGGCUCCAAUGGACACUUCGAGCUCAAUGUUUUCAAGCCCAUGAUGGUUGCCAACGUGCUGAGGUCCAUUCGGCUGCUUGGUGACAGCUGUCAUGCAUUCGUCAAUAACUGUGUUGUUGGCAUUACAGCAAACCAGGAACGUAUUGACAAGCUCCUCCAUGAGUCACUUAUGUUGGUGACUGCCCUCAACCCUCACAUUGGUUAUGACAAGGCUGCAAAGAUUGCCAAGACUGCACAUAAGGAAGGCUCAACGCUCAAGGCCACAGCACUUAAGCUUGGCUACUUGACGGAGGAAGAAUUUGACAAGUGGGUUAGACCUGAAGAUAUGCUGGGACCUAAGUAAAAGACAAUAGGAACAGCCAGAGUACUUGUAUGAUCUACACAUUCAGCAAAGAGCAUUAAAAGAAAUGAUGGAUCAAGACGGGACCGCCACGGUUAUAGGAGCAUAUACAUAGUUGCAUAUAGUUUUGUAAAUCUGCACAUCAUAAAACCAUGUUUGAAAAAGGACUUUUAUGUGAAAGAAAUGUUUUUGAUGCUCAAAAUUCUGUAUUGUUUUAUAAUAUAUGACAAUUUGUUCAGGUUGUAAAAGAAAUGGUGUUUUGACUCCAAGGAAGUCUUCGAUGGUGUACAUAGAAUAUCUUUAUAACGAUAUUGGAGUACGAAAUCCCUAUUUUGUUGCAUAAAUAAUAAAUUGAAAAAUGGUA